AUGACGGUCAGUUAUGACAAACCAAAAAUAUAUGGAAAGAGUGGAGGAUUAUUACCAAACGCUCGUGUUGUUGGGUGCAAUCUAUUUAGCGAACCUUUCAACGCAAAAUGUCUGUCAAAACUGAGUCUUUUUACUGCAUUCUUCUCUCAGGCGAUUUCCCAUGAUUUGUCUGACACAAGUCGACCAUCAAAUAUUGAUUGCUGUGGUGGCCCAUUGAGGAACAAAUCAAUAUGCUUUCCCAUAGUUUAUAGCAGUCACUGUCACCUGGAUAAAUGUAGUGGUUACUACUAUUCAUAUUAUGGCUUCCCGAAUUACUACCAAAAUGGUCGUUAUCUUCUUCGUUAUCCUUCUCAUUAUCCACUUCAUUAUCCAACUCAUUAUCCACCUCGUUAUCCUCUUCAUUAUCCCAUUCGUUAUCCCCUUCGCUAUCCACUUCGUUACCCAUUUCAUCAACAAUCAAUUCAUAUCAGUCAGAAAAACAACCAUAACUUAAACUUGCAUCUGAAUCAAAAUCAUCACCACCACCAUCACCAUGGUGACCAUUAUCUUGACCUGCACUUUUACAACCAACACUAUCCCCAUUAUUACCCCAGCAAAACCCCUUAUAAUUACCAUCUUGGGCCAUAUGGGAAAAAAUUCAGUGAAUCUCACAGUCAAACAUCACAUAGUCACACUCGGGUGUCUCAUACUCGCACUCAGUUGAGUCCCACUCAUAUCCAUGCAUUACACAAGCAUGUACGUUUAUUGCACGCUCAUUCACACUUGGCGCACAAACUCAGUAGCCUGCUGCACACAUUGCACAGUCACACUUCGCACAGUCACACAUCGCACAGUCACACUUCGCACAGUCACACAUCAAACAGUCACACAUCACACAUUCACACUUCACACAGUCACACUUCACACAGCCAAACAUCACACAGCCAAACAUCUCAUAGUCACACUCACACCCCUCAUACCUUCUUAAACUUGCCACACUACUAUACAGACACUCAAGAUCCCUCUCUGGGUCAUCAUUAUCCCUAUGAUCUUUACUCUUCUAAAACAAACACCUUUCACACCUUUUCAGACCCUUAUUAUUCUAAACCAAGCAAAUUUCAUGGUGAUGUAACCCAAACUUACAAUAAUGAUGGUUACUUAAUUCGUUAUAAAAGAUCUGUUUCUAAACCCUCUCUUCCUAAACCUAAAUCUCAUAACUAUCCUAAUAAGCACCCUCAUCAUGCUAAAUAUUAUUACCCUCAUGGUCCUAAAUAUUAUCCCCAUCAUGGUUCUAAAUCCCAUUCUCAUCAUGGCUCUAAAUAUUCUCACCAUUAUGUUUCUAAGCUGCUCCAUUCUAAACACUACAAACAUCUUUAUUCUAAACCCUAUUACCUUUCUGGUAAAGGGCGUCCUUCCAGUCUCAGAUCUCACCCAUAUACUCAACCCUACCCAAAACUUUAUUAUCCUUAUGACUACGGAUAUCUUUACCCUUCUAAAAUUAAUUACCUUCACCCCUUUUCAGACCAUUACUAUUCUAAACCAAGCAAAUUUUAUGAUUAUGGAACCCAAUUUUACUUUCCCCGUUAUAAAAGAUCUAUUUCUAAAUCUCCUCUUCCUCAUGACUUUGUACACCAUUUAGUUGAUAAACAUCAUCAUCAUGUUAAAUCUCAUCCUCAUCAUGUUAAAUCUCAUCAUCAUCACAUCUCUAAAGUUUAUCGCCAUCAUGGUCCUAAAUAUUAUCCCCAUCAUGGUCCUAAAUAUUAUCACCCUCAUGGUCCUAAAUAUUAUCCCCAUCAUGGUCCUAAAUAUUAUCACCCUCAUGGUCCUAAAUAUAAUCCCCAUCAUGGUCCUAAAUAUUAUCACCCUCAUGGUCCUAAAUAUUAUCGGCAUCAUGGUCCUGUGCCCCUCCUUCAUAAACACUACAAACAUCCUUAUUCUGGACCCCAUCGCUUUUAUCGUAAAGGACACCCAUCCAAUUUCAGAUCUCACCGAUACCCACAUCACUAUGAAUUCCCUUAUUAUUGGAAUCCCUACUACAUUCCUGAAUAUAACUAUUAUAGAGGAUCUUACAACCCAAAAGCUCCACAGUCCAAAUUAAUUUCUUUGCAAAAAAGGGAUGCUGGUUCUUUUGAAAGAUAUAAGAGAUCUGCUAAUGAAAACUCAUAUCCUUCAAAACUCCACCAACAUUAUCCCUAUGGAGACUCUUACUCAUUGAAACUCUACCCCACUCAUCACUAUGGAAGCUCUUACUCUUAUAAACACUAUGACCCUCACCACUAUGGAAGCUCUUAUCCAUCAAAACCCUACGAUUAUUACCCCUAUGGAAGCUCUUACUUAUCAAAAUCUCACUAUUAUUACCCCUAUGGAAGCUCUUAUCCAUCGAAACCACUAUGGAAGCCCACUCACUACUAUGGAAACUCUUACUCUUAUAAACACUACGACCCUCACCACUAUGGAAAACCCUACCACCUUCAUCACUAUGGCGACCUUUACUCUUCUAAACCUCACUAUCUUCACCACUAUGGAAGCUCUUACAAAGCACCAUGUAAGAAAUCUUGUAUAAAUCUUGUACGAUCAUCAAAGUCACCAUUUAUCAACACUGUUCGAGAACAAGUGAAUGAGGUGACCUCGUUCUUGGAUGGCUCCUUUAUUUAUGGAACACACGACCUGAGAGAACUGCAGCUAGGAAAAUAUGGAUUGCUGAGAACAUCUGAAUGCUUAAGUUUACCAUUUCCACCAAUAAGUAAAUACAAGAAUAAUCACUACUACAAACAUUCAACACCGUACCCCUGCUUCAAAACAGGAGACAGCAGAGAUAGCAGUAAUGUCAACCUUAUUGUCCUCCACACAAUAUUUCUACGAGAACACAACAGAAUUGCCUGGAAACUUCACUUGUUGAAUCCCCACUGGAAUAAUGACCAGUUGUUUUAUACAACACGAGAUAUAAUCGGUGCCAUACUUCAACACAUAACAUACAAUGAAUACCUACCGGUCAUCCUUGGUUAUAAAACAAUGAAAAGUUUGAAACUUACCAGUGGUUGUAAAUACCAUUACAACGACAAACUAAAUCCAUCCAUCAUAAACUCUGUUGCAACUGCAGUAUUCCGUUUUAGCCAUUUCAUGCUUCGAGCCAAUAUUUUAUCAUACUAUGAUAACAAAGGUGCUCCAGUAUGUCACUUGAAAGAUAAUUUUGUGCUCUUCAAAAAACAUCCAUUGAUAUGCUCUAAAAAGAAGUAUUACUUCCGAUUUAGCAGCCUUAUAAAGAGUACAAAACCACUCUUGAAGACCAUUACUCGUUUCCCGAACUUCCUCAGAGGUCAGUUAAACCAACAUGCACAGAAGGUUUCAGCUUUCAGAAUUGAUGGAUUGGGUGAUAUUUUCUCCAAAAACCAAUUUGAUCUUGGCAGUGUCUUCAUACAAAAGGGAAGAGAUCAUGGUUUGCCCGGUUACACUCAUUACAGGAAGUUGUGUGCAUCCUUUUAUGAUAAAUAUGUUCCUGUGAAGAGUUUCUCGGAUUUGGUCAACCAUCCUUUGUUUGUUAGAAAGAAACUGAAGACACUUUACAAAUGUGUGGAUGAUAUUGAUUUGUUAGUUGGUGGAAUAACAGAGACACCAACAAAUGGUGCUGUCUUUGGACCACUCUUCCAAUGUCUAAUGGGAACUCAGAUGUUUAAAUUAAAGUUCGGUGAUAGGUUUUGGUACCAAAACCACAGAUUCACUCCAGCACAAUUGGCAUCAAUAAGCUCAGUGAAGAUGAGCAGAAUUAUCUACGAUAACACAAACGUCAGAGACAUUCAACCAAACCCAUUCUACGUGCCACAUUGUUAUGGAUAUGAGUGUGGAUAUAACCGAAAAUAUUUCCCUUUCAAACCAAUUGAUUUGACUCCUUGGAAAGAGUAUUAUUAAUGGAAGUUUAAGAAAAACACUUUAUUCCCUGUAAAGACGACUUGACUCAGAUGGAAAUAAUGGAUUUUUAUAUAUAUAUAUAUCUUGCUUUUAAAUGAAUUAACAUUUUGAGAGGGUUGCAUCAAUUUUUCUUCUUUUGAUGUCAGAAUCAAGUAAUUGUAGAUCUGGUUUAAAAUAAAGUUUUGUUUUGCCCUUA